UUUACCAUUUCCUACUCUGCACUUUGCCUGUAUAUUAUUUCUGCUGUACACGCCUCUGCUCUUUCUCCUACAUACCCUGUCGCCUUUGGCCGCUCCGGGCCUAAUAUCAAAAGGCACGUUCUCGCGCAGUCCACCGUCCUGGGUUGCUGGAUCGGCUCCAGUCAACCAACAGCCGCUUUGACCUUAUCGAUACCACCAACACCUUAACGCCGUCGGCUCCACCUCGUUUCUUCAACACCACUCAGGCAUUUUCAAGUGUGUCCUUCUACAUGAGCGAUUUGAAAGAACGCCUGGCGCGAUUGGGUCUUGCCCAGUACUCCGAGGUAUUCGCAAUCGAAGGGUUCGACACUUGGGAAACUGUCCUCGACAUCACCGAGUCCGACUUGAGCCAUCUCAACGUCAAACUUGGGCAUCGGAGAAAACUCCAACGAGCCAUUGCCGAAUCGAGAGGGCAGUCCUCGGACCGGCCAUUGACAAUCGCACUCGCGAGAGGCGCCAGCGCUGAAGGCUCAUAUCGCAGUGACGAUUCGGCAAAUGAGGCCAAGGGCAAGCAUAACCCAGCAGCAGGGGAAGGCAGCACCGGCACAAGUACCAAAAGGAAGUACCGAAGGCACCCAAAGCCUGAUGAGAAUGCUCCGGAUAGACCCCCAUCCGCAUAUGUCAUAUUUUCGAACCAAAUCAGAGAGCUAUUGAAAGGACAAGACCUUUCCUUUACCGAGAUUGCUAAGGUCGUUGGCGAAAGAUGGCAGGUCCUCCCAGCAGAUGAACGCGAGGCGUGUGAGCGUCAAGCCAAUGGCGCAAAAGAGAAGUACUAUGCUGGGCUUGCCGAGUACAAAAAGACCCCACAAUACGAGGCCUACCAGAAGUAUUUGGAAGAGUUCCGAGCCAAGCACAAUGCGCCCACGAAAGUGACCAUUCCAGAAGGCAAGCGAUCGAAGUUGGAGACAGAGACGAGUAUGUCGACUCGAGCAAGCAGCCACGACCAACAACAUGACCGAGCAGCGAACAGGCGACUCAGUACAGCAGUGACGGAUACUGUUCAUCAUGUGAGGGGGUCCACUCCUCCCCUUGGGUCCACACGUCUCCCCCAGGGGGCAUCGUACCCCUCUAAACCAACAUCACCUGCAACGUAUUCUUUGUCUGGUUUCAACUCGCCACGAAGCAACGAGCUAUAUUCACCAGUCACUGCAUCUCCGCACUCUGCACUGCCCAGAGAUACCCCAUAUGAGAAUACCGCCAAUCAGCUAGGACGAGACAUGAGAGGGAAUCACGAUCUCUCCGCUCCAUCUCCCUCUGCAUACACGCACCCACAUCUGCCACCUUCGACUGUGCCGACUCCGAUGACUCGCUAUGCUUCCCACUACCAGAGUCCCAUGGAUCUACCAUCACGACGAUCGAAUCGGGAGCCCAUGUCGCAUUUGCCUGGACUUUCGCAUGAGGAUACCACGUUGUCUUCUGAAAGCGGGCACAGCAGUUACAGUCUUUCGCAAGCACCGCAGCCGCUUCCCUCGAUGGAUCCUGCCAAAUCGAUGAGAAUGCUUCCACAGCCAAUACCCAGCAUUGGAUCGACACAAUCGCCACUAGAUCGCACACUGCACCAUCUUCCUUCUGGACCGCCAACACAUAUGCAACUGCCGCCGCCCGAUUAUCGUACCCAGGGGUCUCUUGCCGCUCUUGUCAGAGCCGGAGAAAUAGCAGCGCGGGUAGCAGAUGAUGAAUCGAUGGAGAGGGGCGAUUCACCUUAAACGCCGCCAUAUCAAAUUGGCUGCAGUUGCACAGCAUGACUGCUAUUUACCGAUCAGUACAACAUCAGAGAC